AUGGCUCUUAGCGUAGACGCACUGAAUUUCGACAUCUUCAAGACCUCAAAUCAGGAUCCAGCUAAGAACAAAGGAUUCUUAAUCGAGAGGCACCUUUCAUUGGCAACGCACGCGAGGUUUGAAAGUGGCGAUGGAGAUUACAGAGCCACAGCUGAAAAUUUGGGUUCGAGGAAAGAAACAAAAUUGGGCCCUCUGUUAGAAAGGAGAUGGGGCCUCGAGAAUGGAAGAGCCUGGGUUGACACAACGAAACAGCCGAAGGUCUUAGAUGUUAAAGUGGAUCUGCGGCUGGUCGACAUGAGAAACCAGCCAAUUGUCAGCUUGGCCGGGGCCAAUAUGGCGAGACUUGUAGUCACCUUGACAGCGAGAAAGGGUAAAAGGCAAUUUAAAUAA